AUGAACCCGCCAUUGAACAAACGAACACCAAGUCAAACAGAUAUAGCAGAAUUUAAAGAUUUAACAAAACGAGAUGCAUUAACAAGACUUCAAAAGUCAUUAAAUAAACUUGUAAUGACUGGUCAAUCUCAAUCACAAAAAAAUAGUCGAACAGAACUUGAAGGAUAUGAACAAUUAUUUAGUCGUUAUUUACUUGAUAAUGUUGAUCAACCAUCAAUUGAUUGGCAAGAUAUAUUACCACCACCAGAAGAUACAAUAAUUCCAUAUCAAAAAUUACUUGAAACUAAUAUUGAUGAUGCUAAAGAAUUAUUAAAUAAAUUAAUUGUUGUUAAAUUGAAUGGUGGUCUUGGUACAACAAUGGGUUGUCAAGGACCAAAAAGUGUUAUUUCUGUACGCAGUGGUCUCACUUUUCUUGAUUUAAAUAUUCAACAACUUGAACAACUCAAUCGUACAUAUGGUUGUGAUGUACCAUUGGUUUUAAUGAAUUCAUUUAAUACACAUGAAGAAACAGAAAAAAUUCUUCAAAAAUAUAGUCAUGUUUCAGUUAAAAUUUAUAACUUUAAUCAAUCAAAAUAUCCACGUAUUGAUCGUGAAACUCUAUUACCUGUUGCGACAAGUAUUGAUGGUUCAGAUAAUGCAUGUUGGUAUCCACCUGGUCAUGGUGAUAUUUAUCAAGCAUUUUAUCAAUCUGGUUUACUUGAUCAAUUUAUUGAACAAGGAAAAGAAUAUAUGUUUUUAAGUAAUAUUGAUAAUCUUGGUGCAACUGUUGAUUUAUAUAUUCUUAAACAUUUAUUAACUGAUGAAACAAGUCAUGAAUUUAUAAUGGAAGUAACUGAUAAAACACGAGCUGAUAUUAAAGGUGGAACUUUAAUUCAAUAUCAAGAAACAUUACGUUUACUUGAAAUAGCUCAAGUACCAAAAGAAAAUGUUGAUGAAUUUAAAAGUGUUAGUAAAUUUCGAAUUUUUAAUACAAAUAAUUUAUGGGUAAAUCUUCCAGCUAUUAAACGUGUUAUUGAAGAUAAAACAUUACAAAUGGAAAUAAUUGUUAAUCAUAAAACAAUGGAUAAUGGUCUUAAUGUAAUUCAAUUAGAAACAGCUAGUGGAGCAGCAAUACAAAGUUUUGAAGGAGCACAAGGUAUUAAUGUUCCACGUCGUCGUUUUCUUCCUGUUAAAACAACAUCAGAUCUUUUAUUGGUUAUGUCAAAUUUAUUUACACUUAAUCGUGGUAAUUUAGUUAUGAAUGCUAAGCGUUCAUUUCCAUCAGUACCAUUAGUUAAACUUGGAACAAGUUUUAUUAAAGUUAAAGAUUUUCUAUCUCGAUUUCAAAGUAUACCUGAUUGUCUUGAACUUGAUAGUUUAACUGUAUCUGGUGAUGUUACUUUUGGUAAAGGUGUUUCAUUACGUGGUACCGUUAUAAUAAUAGCCAAUCAUGGUGAUCGUAUUGAUAUUCCAGCCGGCGCCAUACUUGAGAAUAAAAUUGUUUCUGGCAAUUUACGUAUUCUUGAACAUUAA